AUGAAUCGAUUAUUCGGGCGUGCAAAACCAAAAGAGCCAGGUCCAAGUUUGUCUGAUUGUAUAGCAGGAGUAGACAGCAGAGCUGAUGCAGCUGAAAAAAAGAUCCAAGCUCUAGAUGUAGAGUUGAAAAAAUGCAAAGAUCAGAUGCUUAAGAUGAGAGACGGCCCGUCUAAGAACGCUGUUAAGACCAAAGCGUUGAGAAUAUUAAAACAACGGAAAAUGUACGAGAGUCAAGUGUCAAAUCUGAGACAGCAAGCCUUUAAUAUGGACCAGACCAAUUAUGCUACUCAGUCAUUGAAAGACACUCAAAUUACUAUUGCAGCUAUGAAAGACGGGGUCAAGAGUAUGAAGAAUGAGUUUAAAAAUAUUAAUAUUGAUCAAAUUGAGGAUGUCCAAGAUGACUUGGCAGAUAUGCUAGAGCAAUCAGAGGAGGUCCAGGAAGUUCUUGGUCGUAGCUAUGGCACACCUGAAAUUGAUGAUGAUGAACUUAAUGCUGAAUUAGAUGCUCUAGGCGAUGAAAUCGGCCUGGAAGGCGACGGUUCAUUUUUGGAUGACGCUAUUACUGCUCCCAAUGCUCCCGACAAAGAACCUGGUGCUGCAUCUAUCAGAAAUAAGGACGGAGUUCCUGUCGAUGAAUUUGGAUUACCCCAGAUACCAGCUAGCUAA